CUGACCUAAACUAAUUCAUGGUGCAUUACCUACCGAACACUCAACAUAUAGUGAAACACGUAUGUAUGUCAAUGUACAUUUUAGUUGUUUUAUGUGGUAAGACCGGUCCUUAAUGAGAUUUUAAAAAGCGGUUAUUUUAGCGUCUUUGUAAAGGCUUUGCAAUGAAAUAGCCAGAUGUCAUUGUCAGAAGGUUAUUGAUUAUACAAGAGCCUAAAAAUUUCGAAAGCACACCAAACAAACAAAACAAGCUGAGUGACUUUUGGAGCUAUUGAUCGAGAGGGUCUAUUUUUUCUUUAGUGUUAAUUUGCCAGUCAAGUACUGUUCGGACUCGGGUGCGUCCAUUUCUCAGUGUGGAUUUUGAUUCACUGAGUGCUCUACAAAAUGAAAAUAGCGGCGGUGGUGCUGCUGCUCGUGGUGGCAACCACAUUUGCUGCAGACGAGUCGUGUGUUGGCCGCUGUGAAAACGGCUUUGAUUUUCGCAAAAAAUGCCAGUGUGAUGCGAUGUGCAAGUAUUAUGGGAGCUGCUGUGUGGAUUUCGACACCACAUGCCGUAACAAAAUUGCUCGUGGGGACACGUUUGAGGUACCAGAGGAGAUGGAGUCAAACAACUCUACAGCCGUGACUGAGCCGAGCACCACCAUCAAUACUACCACCCUCCCUCCAACCACCGCUGCCCCUACCACUGCCCCCACCACCACCACCCCCUACGUUCCCACCAGUCCCCCUGACCCAGAGGCUGUCGCCUGCAGUGGCCUCACAUUUGAUGCCUUCAUGCAACUAAAGAAUGGGUCAAUCUAUGCCUUCAGAGGUGACUACUUCUUUGAGUUGGAUGAGAGGUCAGUGAGGCCUGGCUACCCCAAGCGCAUCAAGGAUGUCUGGGGAAUAUCUGGCCCCAUUGAUGCAGCCUUCACCCGCAUCAACUGUCAAGGAAAAACAUACCUCUUUAAGGGCAAUAAAUACUGGCGGUUUGAUGGAGAUGUCAUGGAUGACGACUACCCCAGGGAUAUAUCCGUGGGAUUCCAGAAAAUUCCCAGUGAUGUGGACGCAGCAUUUGCCAUCCCUUCCCCUGGACACCAUGGGAAAGAGAAGGUGUACUUUUUCAAAGGUGACCAGUACUACCAGUAUGAGUUCCAGCACCAGCCGACUCACGAGGAGUGCAUCCGCAUGACCAAGUCCUCCCCCUCCGUGCUUUUCACCCGCUACACUGAUAUGUACUGCGAAAACUCCUGGGACGACCUGUUCACAGUCCUCUUCCAAGGCAUGGUAGGACACAAAAAAGGUCCUCACUUCAUUGCUAAGGACUGGGUGGGCAUCAAGGGGCCAGUGGACGCAGUCAUGGUGGGGCGCCUGUACAUGAGCCCCAAUCCCACCACAGCCCCUUUCGCAGGGAGGAGCCGGGGCAGGGGCAGGCAUAGGGGCAAGGGCAGGAAGAGCCAGAGAGCCAGGCAGAGUCGGUCACUCUUCUGGGAAGAUUUCGGCUUGGAUUAUGAAGAGAGGUAUCAUGGUGCAGCACGUCCGAAGAAGGAGCGUGGCAGACGCCCACCAUCAUACACUGACUAUGACUACAGCCCUAUGGAGUACACAGACUAUGAGGUUGAUGUGCAGGAGAAGGCCAUGCCCGUUCAGAACGUCUACUUCUUCAAAAAAGAUAAAUAUUAUAGGGUGGACCUCCAGACCAAGCGGAUUGACUUUGCAAAUCCUCCCUAUCCCAGAUCCAUCGCAAAAUUCUGGCUGGGGUGCAAAGAUAGCCUGGCAGAGAAAUGAGACGUGAUCAACCCAUGAAUCAACCCUGAAUCAACAGUGAAUUUGUACAAGGCAAUAAUGAAAAUGAAAAAGUAAAUAUUCUUUUCCUUGAUCAAUUAAAAAAAAGAUACACACUCAAGCUUAUUGAUUUAGAAAUAUAAUUUAAGGUGAUUUGAGAGAGUCUAAAAGAACAAAGCUGAGAAUGUUUUUGUGAUAUGUAUUAAUCAAUGAAUAAAACACACACACACACACACACACACACACACACACACACACGGUAACACACAUAAAGACGUACCUUCUUUGCUUGGCUUUGAUAUCUGGAUCUUAUCAAUGUGUGUUUGUGUCCAUGUGUGCAAGGCAUGGGAUCCUACAUCUAUCUUUAGCAAUAGACGCACUUCAAAAGAAGGAAAUAUUACGAGCACAAUGGAUGAUGUCUAUAAAGUAUUCAGUAACUGAAAUGGUACUGUUUGUUUGUCAAUGUUGAACACUGAGUGGGUAAUGAAAGAGUGUAUUUUGGUGUGUUUCAGUAAACUGUUUUGCAGUAUAGAAACCUGGAGAUACACAGAUAUGGUGCUGUUAUGAUGAAUUAAAACAAUGCUGUGUUGCUUUUGUGCCCAAUGUCAAACCAUACAUGUGUAUGAAUAAAACUGCUUGUCUGUGAAAGCACACUGAAGACUGAA